AUGUACAGACGAAGUGUCUUCACUAACAUCACGCCCCUCCCAUCCUAUAUCACGCGGGAGACCGUCGUGGAAGCUCUCCACAAUCAUGCCGAAAUGAUUGAACUCAACCCACUGGUGAUCCGUCAUCAGCCGUGUCGCCCGCCAUCCUUUUCGCCUGCCGAUGAAUUCCAUUGCACUUGGUACGAGAUGACCGACCGAAUCUCCUACCUACCGGGCGGGCUGGUCCAGGGCAAUGUGUCCUAUGCAGGGUGUUUUUACGACCUCCCGCGGGGCCUCCAGACGCAUGUCUAUGCUCCGACCGGCUUGGACAUCCGGGAGAAAUGGUCGGUCUGUGGGAAUAUGCCUGGGGAGCCGCGAGAGCCCGUCGAGCUGGGCAUUCCCGAUGCACCCCGAGAAGGGCUGUACCUCCGCGAAGAUGUGAAUAUGCGCUCGCAGAUUUGGGCCACCGCGUUUGUAAAACGGACGCUCAAGAGGGCCCAUGCGGUACUCGUGGAUCGGUUGGUCAUCAAAGCGGAUCUGGAAAAGCAAAGGAAGGAUUCAAUAUCAGGUCUUCCAACCGACUCGUCCAUGCCCAAGCCGGCCAGUCCGUCCUACUACCAAAAGUCAUCCCAUGAGGAAGAUUCGAUGUCGCCACAGCAGAACCGCUGGUCAACGACCAGUGACAUUGCUGAAGUCCCUGGGUCGUUGCAGGCGGGGCAGCGACUCGAUGAACGACGAGGUCAAUCCGUGUAUGAACUCGAAUAG